AAGCGUUUGCUAAAUGCACUACUAUUUGCGACUUCUCAAACAUGGCCGCAUGUUAGUUACUGAUUUUUCUUUAUUGUUUGCCAACGUAUGUAAAAGAUUUAGUAGUGGUGUUUGGUUAAAAUAUAAAGAUACGUGAAAAGGGUUAACGAAUAAUCUAUUAGUGAUAGAAGAGUAUUUUUUUAAAUAAACGCACCGGUAUUCGUAUUGUUGAUCUACUCCUCCCUACAGAGGUAGAUUGUCAUAUAUAUUUUUUAGUUGUUUUUUUAUUGUUUCAUAUUAAAGAUGUUACAAGAACAUCAUCAUAUAUCUCAAAACGGAAUGCAGAGAAGUGCCAGAAUUGGAAUGCAGCAAAUGGGGCCUCCCCCAAAUCAGAGAACGCCAAUGCUGAUGAGUAUGCCUGCUACAGGUGUUCUAGUUUCCAUGUCACCCGGACCCACUUUAAUAACAACAACAUCAAUCCCACAACAGCAACCACAACCGAAAGCUAAUAUGCAACAAGUAUAUCAUUAUGAGAACAGUGCCCAACCUGCAGAAGCAGAUCAACACAAUACAGAACAUCAAAACUGUUCAAACACUAAUACUUUGUCUACGCCCAACUCUACUUUGGCAAACAUAAAAGAAAAAACACCAAUGUGCUUGGUGAAUGAAUUAGCAAGAUACAACAAAAUACAACAUCAAUAUCGGCUGACUGGGGAACAAGGACCUGCACAUAAAAAAAUUUUCACGGUUACAUUAAAGCUUGGUAGUGAAGAGUACGAAGCGGAGGGGCCAAGUAUUAAGAAAGCUCAACAUUCCGCUGCAGCUCAGGCAUUGACAAAAACUGAAUUUAAGCACCCACCACCCAAAACUAUUAGAAAUCGACCAGGCACCAGGCCUACAAACCCAGGAGUUGUUACUCCUACAGUAGAGUUAAAUGCUCUAGCAAUGAAAAGAGGAGAACGUACUGUAUAUGUCGUUGAAAAUGGAGGAGCACCACCACAUCAGGGUUACCUUACUCAGCCAAGUUAUUAUCCUAGACACAGCAUAUACAACACCCAAACUCAGCCACAGAGAUAUGGAUAUGAUACUCGCAGAAAUAUUAGGGGUCAUUAUCCAUAUCAUGACAGUCGUUACUAUGGCCAGUUUCGACCAGGGGCACCACAUAACCCAGGAGAUCCAUAUACCGUUCGGUUAAGAGUAGGGGAAAGAGAAUAUCCCGGUCAGGGCUAUACUGUUCAAGCAGCGCGCCAUGAUGCAGCUGCGAAGGCUAUCGAACACAUAAAGCAGCUAGGAGAUGUAGAGGAAAAUGAAAAUCCUUUAUCACCUGGCGAAAAUGGCCAAGUUCAUAUUACUGGCGACAGUGUCACACAAGGAACAGCAAGUGUUACCAGUGAUGUUAAUUCAGAUCUCAAAUCACCUAUUUCAUUGGUGUAUGAAAUAGCUUUAAAAAGGAAUCUCAGUGUAACUUUUGAAGUUUUAAGUGAAAAGGGCCCCCCACAUAUGAAAGUUUUCAUUACUCAAUGUCGUGUGGGUAAUUUUAUAGCAGAAGGUGAAGGUAACGGGAAAAAGAUUUCAAAGAAGCGGGCAGCUGAAAAAAUGUUGGAAGAACUGUCAAAAUUACCACCUUUACCUAAUGUCAUUAAUAUAGCUCAGCUUAAAAGGAAAAGGGUAACAAAUAAGAAGAAAACCAGAAACUUGAUAAAAGUAAAUGUGGAUAAAACAUCUGAAGUGACCGAAGAAAUCAAUCCAAUUUCUCGUUUAAUUCAAAUCCAGCAAGCUAAUAAGGAGAGGGAACCAGUUUAUACGGUACUAGAAGAACGUGGGGCACCCAGACGUAGGGAAUUUGUUAUUGAAGCAUCAGUUAAUGGACAUUCUUGUACGGGUGUUGGUCCGAAUAAAAAGGUUGCAAAAAGAAAUGCUGCAGAGGCUCUUUUAGCAGAGUUAGGUUACAACAAUAAUACAAUCACAAAUAACCCUAAAUCAACCAUGAAGCUUGAAAAGGAAUCAGAAUCUAUACCUAUUGCUACUAUUUCAGAUAAAAGUCGAAAAGUGACUUUUGUGGAGGAAGCCUCAGAAUCACAACCAAGUCCAUCUGUUGGUGGCAGCGGAGGCCGUCAGUUAGUUCCGGGUGUACUCUUGGUCACUGAACAAAAUGCUGGAUUUCAGAAACAGAUAAAAGACAUCGAUAAGCCCGGUCCAGCUCAGCCGCCACAACUAAAAGCCCCUCAGUCUAUACAGGGUGUCCGUUCAAAAGACCAGCUUCUUUACUUAGCUCAGUUAAUGAACAUACACGUUCAGUUUUCUGAUUUUCCAAAAGCAAACCACGAGAUGUAUUUAACUUUGGUGUCGCUAAGCACAAAUCCACCUCAAGUUUGUCACGGUGAAGGACCUACAACAGAAGCUUCGCAUGAGAAAGCUGCAUUAGAAGCACUCAAAGUACUAUCUGAAUUAGGUCUUGAUAUUGCUCCUAAUAAGGAUAGUUCUACAGCUGCAUCUGUCUCGGAUAGUGCUUCCCCAGUGGUAUCUGCCAAAGGAUCAGUCAACCAAAAUGGUGUAAAGAAGUAAACUUUAGAACUCUAUGUAGGCUGUACCAAUGGAUUCGCCAUCUAGGAAUGCACUCACGCAUGAUUGCUUUGCCUUCUUCAUUGGUACAGUACAAGUAAUUAUGAGUUCCAUGUGGCCAUGUAAAAAAUUGCAUUAUUCAUAUAAAAUAACUAUGAAUUAUUGUUUUUCUUCUUUUAUGUGAUUUCAUUAACAUGUCGAAUGAAAAUGAUUUCAUGUAUCUAUGUAUAAUUCUGGUUAUUGCUUAGCACUGCAUAUUAAGUCAGUACUAUCCAUUUUCAUUUUCCUGGGCAGAAAAUGAAUUUGGGUCACAGUAGUUCAGAAUUGGUUUACAAAAUUUUUGUUAUCAGGGUUUCGAAUUGUAUAUGUUCAUUAUCAUAAUGAUUAGCAUUAUAGAUAUAGAUUUCAUGUAAUUUCAUAUAAUGAAAGACAUGAAAUAUGAAUUGAAGUACAUACAUCAGUAUAAUGGAACAAUGGAAUGUAUCCAACAUCUUUUGCUACACAACAUUGUAGUUUUUGGUCAUUAUAUAAUACUUACAUAAUUAUUCACAUGUAUGCAAUUUUUUUUUAUAUA